AUGUCUUCUACCAUGGACUCAAUAUCGCAAGAAUCCCAAAGCCUCUCCCCUACGCCGCGCCCUCCCCGAUCCAAACGUGGCCGUCUCUCUUUAGCGUGCACUCAAUGUCGCAAGCGCAAAGUGCGAUGCGACGCGACAACCCCCAAGUGUCGCAAUUGCGUCUUACGAGGCGAUGAAUGCACAACCUUCGACCCGCGACGACCCAAUGCCGUAGCAGUGAGGAAAUGGCCGCACAAGAGUUCACAGAGCACGUCGACGCUGUCGCCAGUAGAGCGCAGAGCGUCCAUCGUUAGCCAGCAUAGCUCUCCAGCAUCGCUCAUGGGAUCACAGCAUACUGCCACGACACCUUUGUCGGCGAGUGGGAAUAAAGAGAGGGUUCCCUCGUGGAUUGAGCGCGCAUACCAAGAGAGUCAGACGUCGCCCGAGAGCGGGACUGAUGGGCAGACAAAUGACAGUCCCGAUGUCGUUAUGAACACCGAUGAGUCGUCGCAUCGCAUAAAGUACAUGGGUUCUAGCAGCCUGCAAUGCCUCACUCGCUUCAUCGAUCUCUUUCUCCAGCGACGAGGACUCGAUCCCAUCGGCAGACAUUUCCGAUGGGGAAUGUGCUUUACUGAGGAGUUUUCGCUGCCCUUAGUACCGAGCUUGCCAGACCUACCCAGCAUGUCCGUCAUGGAACCCUGCAUAAAGAAAUACUUCAGCCGCACGCAUCCUCUAAUACCAGUACUCGACCAUACGGAGUUUAUAUCCGACGUCUUGCGCUUUUCCGAUCUACAACAAACAUGUCCGAAUGGUCUCCAAGGAGCGAUAACGUCUGUGGACGCACCUGCUGUCGCUGCAAUCUAUGCCGUGCUUAGUAUUGGUAUGGAUGAUCACGAAGGCACAAUAUCGCCUGCAGCUACGGGUUAUCUUACAGGUGCUUAUUCUCUUGUGAGCCACCUACUAAGCUUUCCAUAUAUGAGCUCUGUCCAAGCCCUUGUUUUACUAGCAGUAGCUAUGCGCGCAAGAGGGAAAGAUGGCCAAUGCUGGCAUCUACUCGGCCAGGCAAUUCGAAUAGGCUAUUCACUAGGUUUCCACCGAAAGAUUGUCAUAUCAAAUCCCAACGAGGACUCGGGACAUCAAGUUGACCGUCAGUUGCACUCUAGAGUCUGGUGGUCGUGCUAUGCGUUGGAGAAGUCCAUGCAGCUUGAGACAGGCCGACCCAGUGCCAUCGAAAUCACCGACUGCGAUCAGCCACUACCAGAUAAAAGCAGCGGGUUGAACCAAUGUUUUAUCAGAUGGGUGUCUCUUUCUCAACUGGUUGGCAAGAUCAGCGAGCACAUCUUCCAAAGAAGAGCAGAGAGUGCUCUUGAGUUCUUGUCGGGCAUUGCACUGCUAGAUCAGGCACUGAUUGACUGGCUGGACGAAGGGACAGAGGAUGCGAAGACAAACCAAAACGCAAAGACCUCGGAAGAGAAGUCAUUUGCAGUUUUUCUGUCUUUGCAAUUCCACCAGGCCCAAAUCACUCUUCUAAGGGCAUCACUAAUAUUCCCUGAGACCUCAUUUCAGAAUCAAGUUCAGAGGCAUGAGUCCAAGAUUCAGAGUAUCUCGCGGUUGUUACAAAGCCAAGUUACCUGCGUUGAGGCUGCCAGGACCAUCAUAACACAAGUCGCCGAGUUUGCAGACUCUCAACCUGACUUUUUGCUACUGACGCCGACUCCCACAUUUUUGGCAGCCGUAACACUCGCACUGCAAACAUUUAAGAAACCACAUAAGCGAAUGGGCCGAUCAGAUGGUGAGCUCGUGAGAAUAGGAUCCGACUACGUUGCUGAGUGUUAUCGACGCGUCGGCCAGCACAGUGAAUUCGUCAAAGGCGUGCUAGAACUAUCACUGCGCGUCAACCAAGUCUUGUCUGGAGACACCUCAACUAUUCAGACACCGAGACUGCAACAACAGGACUCUCAAGAUGCGAGCCUUGACCAGAGAAUGUUGUCGCCAAGCCAAUUCUGCGACCCCAGUGUUGAUUCGUUCGUAUUCGAUCCGUUGGAGUAUUUUCAGGAUCCGUUUCAAGCGAUGCCGUUGGACCACUUCUGGGCGGUGAUGGAGAGCGAUUUCGCAACUAUUGGUGAUCAGGGCAUGUGUUAA